CCCUGAGGCGUGAAUGUAGCCAUUACCUUGUCAUCGCUCUCGUCUCAAAGAGCAGUCAGUUUCUCAGUGCGUCCAUCUCACGUACUGACCCUGCAGCACUUCACACAGGCAUCAUGGCACAGAUGGUCGUGCAGCAACCUUCGCCUGUCGUAGUGGUGAACACGACACACUCCAAUCAGUGGAGCUCAGGAAUCUGUGACUGCUGUGACAAUCUAGCAGAUUGUUGUUUUGCAUUCUGGUGUUUCCCCUGUUUCGCCUGCAAUACGGCGAGUAAUUUUGGAGAGUGUUUGUGUUUACCAAUGCUCGAUUAUGGCCCGAUUCCCCCAAUAACCCUGGCCAUGAGGGCAUCAAUGCGCGAGCGCUAUGGCAUUCAGGGAUCUAUAUGCAAUGACUGCAUCUAUUCAUUCUUCUGCCUUCCCUGCGUUUGGUGCCAGAUGUCACGAGAGAUGAGAGCACGUAAACAAUCAGUCACAGUAAUUAACGCUCGAGCAAGAUGAAGACUCAUCGUCAUGAUCAUUAAUGAAUAUAUGACAUCAUUAACAAAGUAAAGUACAAUGAUACUGUCUGUAUAAUCAUUUACAAUGUGGUAAUGACUCUCUAUAUGCUGAAAUGUAGUCUGUUUCUCAGUACUGUUUUUACCUGAUCUAAGCACUAGAGGGAGGUGUUUGCAUUCUAAUGUUGCAGAAGGUAACCCUAGCUUGGACUCCUAUGCUUGCAAUGUUAAUGCACAUUUGGGGGGAAAGUGGUGGAGGAAAUCUGACUAUCUGUUUGUGCUGUUGAAAUCAAGGGUUCAGGGUUGGAAGGUUACUCGCAUCGAAUAGAUAGUUACUCUCUCCGGGGAUAAUCUGGGAUGCCGGUCCAUACGAGGGCACUAUACAAGCACACAUUUACACACUUAUUCACACAUGGGGCAAUUUACUGUAGCCAGUCCACCUACCAGCAUGUUUUUUGGAGGUGAUGGAUAGAUAGAUAGAUAGAUAGAUAGAUAAUACUGCCACAAGGCAAGAACUAAGUAAAUUAAAAUAAAAUGCUAAGUUCUGAAACAACAAUCGUAACACUGUAAAAAAAAAAAAGUAGUAAUAAAUUAACAAAUUAAAAAAUGCUGUGAAUUUUGCAAUAAUUUACUGGCAACUCGAGUUGCUUAUAAAUUACUGUAAAUUCUGCAGUAAACCAUAUUUACAGCAAAGUACUGUAAUAUCUUGCAUAGUAUAAAAUAGCACAUAAUUCAGUACAUUUGCUCAUUUGCUCAUACAGUACUGUAAAUACUACAAUAUACAGUAAAUCUACAGUAAAUUUACAGUGUACUACUGAUUUGGCAUGGUGACUUUUGUGUACAUUCUUCAAAAGCAAUGAUCAUACAUGACUUAUUGGCCUAAAUACAAAUCCUAUAUACAUACAUAGAAUUGAAUUUUGUUAUCAUUAAUAAAGUCUUAUAGCUUUUAUUUUGUGUGUGAUAAUGUGUAGUAAUAAUGUCGCUGACUGUAGCACUAGGCUACAAUCUUUAAUCUUUAUUAGAUUUCAUGUUAUGUGUUUCCCAAAUAAAAUGGGUGAAAAAAAAAUGCUGACUCAA